AUGAUGGACAAACCUACUGAAAACUCAGAUGAGGACAGAGUGUCCCUCAAGAGCAACGGGAAGUCGCCGACUAAUGAAGCACCACUGGGCAUGCUUAAGUCAUUCAGACAGAGCAUUCGGCGAGUGGCUGAGAAAAGUCCCCUAAAGUCCGGAGGCAAGGGGUCAAAGGUCAUGCCUAAAGCAGACACGGCUGACAAUGAGUUAGGGUCACCACUGCCUCUGUCACCCAGUCUGAGCUGUGGCUCUCCUGUGACCUCCCCACUGAAGAACGUCAUGGAGGAAAAGGGGGAAGACGAGACUGGUGACGUCACACUACAGCAAAGUAAAGGUCUGACGCGUUCAAAGACAGAUCCCAAUAUGUCUGGGAUUGGCGACGCUCUCCUGAAAAGAGGAGCGUUUAUUCGUAAUAGCUUAAACUUUGGCAAGAAGGACAAGGUUAAAAACCCCAAAGUGCCGUUCGUCCUGCUCACUGAAGGCUCAGUGGAGGAAAAGGAGGAGGAAAAAGAGGAGGAGGAGAAGGAGGUGUGGGAGGAGAUUAAGGAGGCGUACACACUGCCAGAAAUACCACACACACCACUGUCAGUGAUGCAGAUCAAUAAGCUGAUAGAGAUGGAGGCCCUGGAGGAGGCUCACCUCAACCUCCUCGCCAUGCGGCAAGAGUUCAAGCAGGAGCAGGAACGGUGCGGCAAAGACUCGCCCGUGGAGCUGGCCAAGAAGGAAAAAGACCUCAACCUCCUCUAUGGAGAGCUGAGGAACAAAAUCAACACCAUAGUGCGCGACUCCAACUCCCUCACCUCCAGGAACAAGGGGCUGCUGGUUCACGUGGCACGCAUCAUCCAAGAGGAGGAGAAGCGAGCUGAGGAACCCGGCGGGCUUCCAGGCAGCUGGAUGGAGUCCUGGACAGAGGCGGUGGGCGAGGGAGUGCAGGUGAAGGUGGGGGCCAUUCACCUGGAGGCGAGGGAGCAGAACCAAUCCUGGUUGGCAGUUCAUCUGGCUCUGCUGGGUAAGGCCAUCAGGGAGGACUUGGAGACAGUGAAGAAGGAGCUGCGGUGGUCGUACCCUCCCAGCUUUAAGGUCUUCAGCACCUACGUGGAGAGUUACCACAGAGUCGUCGGGCAGCACCUGAAGAAGCUGGAGCGGGAAGUGACGGAGCUGAAGGAUCUGUACGCUCUGCUGGACUGGAUCAUCAACAGCUACAAGAGCGAGAAGAUCAUGGGAAGUCUCUCCCUGCAGCCCGACAUGAAGGAUGAGUGCACUGAUCUGCAGCUGGAGGCCGAUUUCCUGAAGCAGCUGAAAGACAAGUACUGCGUCAGAGUGAAGGAGUUCACGAGAGCUUCACUGGACAAUAUCAUUGAGCUUGAAAAUAAGGAGUUUUGGAUGCACAGCAAGACUCCUAAGAAGGAGGAAGACUUCCUCGACUCUCAGAUUCACAUGGACAUCUGGACGAACGUGAAGGGAAGUAUUGUUAACACACAAAGAAUUGAUGCUCAGCUGGAACAGAAAGUGGUGUCUUCCUGUCUCCAAGAGCUGAAAGAGUUCCCCAAGAGGUUUGAGACAGAGUACAAACGCCACUGCAGGGCGCAACAGCUCAGGCAGCCUCUUUGGACGGAGUAUCAGAUAACAUACAUCAACAGCUUCACUGCUUUACAGCUGCACAUGGAGGAUUACCAGGAUGCCUGUCCGGCUGAGGUGGAAGAGUUCAGGAAAGAAGUGAAAUGGCUGAUUGUCAAGCUGAUGGAGGAACUGGAGGAUCAGUACAAGGAGGAUGUCAAGGUGUACCUGAGGAGAAUGAUGACGAGGAAGUGGCUCACCAACGACGAAGACUUCAAACUUCUUCAGAGCCGGACAGAGCUGCUUUCUGAGCACUGCUCCCUUAUGAGGCCUCCACACAACCAGCAGGAAACACCUGGAUGCUGUUCUGUAUUUCAGAGGCCCGCUGAGAGGCCGCGAACACCAGCUGAUCAUGCGGAGACUCACGGAGCUGAGGAAGAACGCGGGAGGUGGCGACAAGAGCCAAGAUUUAUUUGGCAACAUGCAGGUCACCGUCAACACAGACUGCCUUUCCAACCUUCCUUUCUCCUGCUUCAGCUUCCUGCUGCCCGACAACUAGUGCAACAUGGUGGACGAGUCGCUGCGUGGAGGAAAAGUAUAAACUCAAGUUACAGUUGUACUCAGGUUAUUUGACACAUUUUGACACAAAGUAAGGUCUUUGCUCUCAAACACAGCUUUAUACUAACUGUACCUUUUGCACAGAAUCAGGUAUAUUUUUCUGCCUUCCCCCCUAAAAAACUUUAAAAUGUCUAAAAAAAUAAAAAAAGUCUUUAAAAUGUUUUUUAUAGCCGAUAAGUAAACAGUUUCUUAAUGGGUUUAUGGUUUCAAUCUCUAGUUUUAAGUCUUGAUGUUCAUUUUGUAAAUUAUAGUCCAGUGUAGAGUAAAAUAGAUGGUAAAGCAGGGUAUGUAACACAAAACUCAGAUCCAACUGUCAAACUAGGCAGUGCUGAUCAAAUAUGAAUCAAGAUUCUGUUACUGUGUAACAUAUGUUAGCAUACUGUUUAGCUGUAAUACGAGAUUGUGUGUGACCAGGCAGCCAAUAAGAGCAGCUCAACUCAUAGUACAUCACCUCUGCUGGCGACGACCGUAACACCAAACUCGAGGCUUCAACACGAUACUUCACAAACCAAUGGGUGACGUCACCAUAGGUUCACACUUGGUCAAAAACACUAAUUUGAUCUGAGAUCAUAAUGCCUUAAUCUAAAAGAAUCUGAAGUUUAAAUACAAAAAUUAAAAUAAAAUAUAAAAGGUAAUUGUAAUGCAACAUUAAUAUUCUAUUCAGUAUAUUGUCAUUGCUUGACAAUUUAGUAUGGAUUUAUUUAUUUAUUAUUUAUUGACAUUUUUUGAACAGCAACUUAAUCAUCUCCUAUAGACCUUUUUCCCAGCAGCCAUUUUGAUGUGAACUAGUAGAGUAAACACAGGUGUUACCAUUGAUACUAAUUAAGGUUUCCGUUCCAUUUAGUGUAGCAGAGCCUUUCCAGUGAGUCAACAUGCACAAUAGCAUCAUUAGAUUAAGUUAAAAAUGAAUCUAAUAACAUGUCCACUGUUUUUACACCAAUUACAAUGAAUACUUCGGUCCAACAGAUGAGAGAACUUACUUCUGUUAUUCUAAAAGCAAAAAUCCUUUAAAAGUGUUCAUUAAUGACUUAGACAAAUGUAAAAAUGCCACAUCUGUUAUCACUUACACAACAAACUAAAUGUGACGCAUUUAGUGUGAUACAUAUUAGAGUGUUUGCAGCAUUGUGAGAAAUUGCAGAAUUAUUUUCUGGGAAAGAAAACACCAAGUAAUUCACCAAAUUAUCUGGAUAUAACUCAAAGCUGAAGGCAGUCAAAAAGAUUGUGAAACUCUCUGUGUGGAACAAAUAAAAGGCAGGUUUCAGUGCCAAAGUGUUUGCUGUGGGGAGGUUUUCUCAGCAACACUAUUCUGCAGUCCUAUUUUUGUUAGACCUCAGUUUGAGUUCGUAGUGUCAGAUCUACUAAUAAGAACUAAGAAACUGAAACUCUCUUGCGUGCCUGAAUACCAUGAAUGUGUCAUGUGCUGUUGAUCAAGGAACUGAACCUAGCGGAUGGGAAAUUUACCAUGUGUGAGCCCUCCACACUGCCUUCAGACUUAAAAAUUCGAUUUUUAUUUUUGUGUGAAAUAAGAAUUGUCUUUCUGCUAAAUCUCUGAUUUCAGAUGACGCUGUAUGAUCAUAGAUACAAAACCUAGCUUAAUGUGAUUUAAAUUGCACAUUUUAUUAUAUUCCUUUAAUCAUUCUGUUCUCCUGUUUUUGUAAAUGUUUCUGUAUCCAUGUUUGUUACCCAGUUUCUCAGGAUGGUUUUUCAGGGUUUUCAACUUUAUUUUACCUGUGAUGUCUGUUUCAGGUUUCCAAAGUUCUCAUAAAUCCUGACAGUGAUAUGAAUUUAAGUAUGAAAUGUUUCUGUGUUCGAUUUUCAAAUGACCAAAUGGAGCCCAAAGGGGGUUAUAUAUAAAUAUUUAGAAAUCUAUUUAAUCUUUCUUUAAUAAGACAUAUGAAACAAAUUAGUGUCACAAAUCUCUCACGACUCCAUCUGUAUGUUAAGCAACCGCUUGUUGAGAAACUCUGUUGACCAAGAAGCUUUUCAGUCCAGAUACAAACAACUUUUUUCUAUAUUUUUUGGGGCAUUUUUUUGAUGAGACAGCUUAAGACAGACAGGAAAAGUAGAGAGACCGGGGAUGGCACACAGGAAAAGGGCCACGUGUUGGACUUGAACCCAUGGCUGCUGCAGCAAGGACUCAGCCUUAGUACAUGGAGCUCCAGCUCUACCGGGUGAGCUAGCAGGAUGUCACAAAUAGCUGUAAAAAGAAACAAGCGCUAGCAAGUCAAGAAGGAUAAAUAGAAAACGGACAAUAAAAUAUUAUUAAAAUAUGUACAUUAUGUUAUUUAAAUGACAAAGCUGUACAGUUUUGUGCAGGAACGUGUAUUCACCACAGUAUGAAGUCAAUGUCAGUGGGGGUCCCUGUCUUUGUUAAUGAGGCCAGCUGCAGUCGAAUAUAAAGUGUUCUUGUUAGGUUUUGGUCUCAAAAAGCAUCUCGAGAUGUUUUUGACCGGGGUGGGAGGGGUUGCCCACAACAUCUUGCUGCAGCAGUUUCAUGACUUUCCUCAUGAAACAGGAAGACAACUAAGACCUAAAGGUUAACAAGAUGUUUUUUCAUUACCAAUUCUGAGAAAUAAAACAUCAUAAUUACA